GUCAUAUGUCAUAAAACAUUCAGCUGGUUCAGCUGCACGUGUGUCUAAUUUUUCUGUUUUCUAACUUCUGCUAAUAAUUUUCACUAAAAUACCAGUAUAUCUAGCACAAUAAGUAGACAAAUUGUGCUUUGUAAAGAACAAUAUUGGUUUCUUUUCUUGUGAGGUUGCACAAUGUCUAAGAAAAUAAAACACUUGGUCGUGGAUACGACUGCGUUCAUCCGAGCAGCCAACCUGCAGGACAUCGCGGAAGCUGUUUACACAGUACAAGAGGUUGUCGAAGAGAUAACCAACGACAGACAAAGAAGGAAACUCGUAGUGCUACCGUACGACUUGAAAAUUAAGGAUGUGUUCACAGAAAACAUCAAAUUCGUUAGUGAGUUCGCGAAGAAAACUGGUGACUAUACCAGUCUUUCUGCUACGGAUAUUAAGGUAAUGGCUCUAACAUAUCAACUUGAAAAGGAGAUUAUCGGUGCUGGCCAUCUUAAAACCGAACCAACGAUACAAAAGACUAUCAAAGUUACUGGGCUACCUGGUUUCAAUUCUGAUGCAGAUAAAAAUACUCCAUCUCAAAAUAACCCAGAAUCUGAAAAAGUAGACAGGAAUGAACUCUAUUCCCCUGAAUUUGAUGAAACAAGCAUUCAACCUAUUUCAAAUAAUGAAAAUGAAGAAAGGCUAAUUCCAAGCACAGCUGAAAUAGAUACAAAUAAAAUAGCUAACAUCCAAGUUGAAGAUGUAAAGAAUGUUGAAAUUACUGUCAAAGAUGGUGAAGAAAGCGAUGAUGACAGUAAACUAGCAGAGGAAAUAGCCAAUCAAAUAAAAAAUAUGGAUUUGAGAGAUGAGAAAGAAGUUGAUGACUGUAUUGUCAAGGUUUCGGAUGAUGAUGAUGAGUCAGAAAGUGAGGAAUCUGAUAGUGAUGAUGGUGAAUGGAUUACACCUAACAACUUAAAAGAGAAGAAGAAAGAAUUAGAAGAUGGAGAAUUUGAGGAGAAAAAUGUUGAUGUAGCAUGCAUUACCUCCGAUUUUGCCAUGCAGAAUGUUCUAAAACAAAUUGGGUUAAAUGUAACAUCUAUAGAUGGGAGAGUCAUAAGACAGUUACGGACAUUCAUUUUCCGUUGCACCACCUGUUUCAAAACGACAAGCAUUAUGACCAAGCUAUUCUGUCCAAAAUGUGGGCAUGCAACUUUGAAAAAAGUAUCCGUAAGUGUAGAUGAACAUGGUAACCAACAUAUACAUAUAAAUGGUAAGAAACCCUUGACAGCUAGAGGCAAAAGGUUUAGUUUGCCCACACCUAAAGGUGGCCAGCAUUUUCAGUACCCUAUAUUAACAGAGGACCAGCAUAUACAUAAGAGGUUUGCAACAAAAAUGGCCCGAAGCAAAACAAAUGCUUUAGACCCGGACUACACUGCUGGUUUCUCUCCCUUUGUUAUGAAAGAUGUAAACUCCAAAUCUGCAGUUCUCGGUGUUAGGGCAGACAAACAAGACGUUAAAUACUGGAUGAAACAUUACUCUAAAGGAAAGAAAUGAAGAUAUAUUACUUUAAAAAGUGUCAUUUUAUUUGUUUUAUCAAAUAUAUAUACAUAUUACAUAAUUAAAAC